AGCAGAUGAGAGAGUGCGGUGUGUUUUAGAGCCGCUCCGGAGCCAGGGUUAGAGGGAGGAGCGAGUCUGAAUUAAAACGCUAUAACGCGUCAUGCAUCUCUUCCGCUUUUCUGUUUUGUGCAUUCCGUGCGCAAAGUUGCGGCGAUUUGACCUGCGUGAUGGUGAUGAUGAUGAUGAUGAUGUUGAUGAUGGUGAUGAUGAUGAUUGUAAUGCGCGCUUUCAGGUUUUUGUAGUAAAUGAUUUGUGUUGUUUCUCUGUGGCGCCGCGAAUUGAGGAAGUGCAGCGCGGAGACACACACACACACUCACACACACACACACGCCCAUUUUCAUUUCGUACACAAAACCCACAAAAAAAUAACGAUCGCUGUCAGUUUGAUGCGCGCACGUGACUUUACAAUCAUCACACACCCUCGCGCAGACCUGAAGAUCACAGCGGAGUUUAAUUUCUUUCUUUCUGUAAAUAAUGUAUUCAGAAAUGGCGUUCUCCGUGUCAGAUAUGCAGGGCCUGUGCAGGACUGACCGGUGCACCGCGUGCGUAAACAUGUCAUACACACACACACACACACGCACGCACGCACACAUACACACACGCACACACACAGCUGCGCGCGCGUAACACACUGAUCUGUGUGCGUGAGAAAUUCGGUGCGUCCUGCUGUCCGUCUCCGUGCACACGUCUCACAUCAUCACAGCAUGCAGCCUGGAGUUAGCAUAGAGCUAAGCAUGCUAAGCAACAACACUGAGGCAGCUGUGCGCCGUUAUAACGCUUUAAACCGCAGCAGAAAUCAACCGGAAAUCAAAUUAAUUCAUUCCAAUGGAAUCUUUAUUAAACAACCUAGAUGUUUAUUCCACAGAUUUCCCCACAGUCGCUCUGCGCGGAGGUUCUGCAUCUUUGGGGGGAAACAACGGGUUCUUCUGGCUUCUCUGUUGUCUGGUUCUUCAUUAAAGCUUUAAAGAUUCCAGAACAACAAACCAGAGACAAGAGAACACUUUAGAGUGCAGAACAGAACCUCUGCUGCUUCUUGUAGUCUGACAGCGCGGCGCAAUGGACAAAGAGCCCCAAACGAAAGCAGAUCAGACGAAAAGUCCAACCACCUCCACGACGACCUCCACCUCCACCCCGACCUCCACGAGCACUGCCACCUCCGCUGUGAGCCCUCCACAGCCUCCCAAUGGCACGGCAAAGAGCAGCUCUGCUCUCACGGCGGUCACCACCUUCCACAGCCAGCCUCCACCUUCAGACAGAAAAGUUGCUCAGGUCAAUCUGUUUGGGGAUAGACUGGCGCCUGCUUUCUCUACCGCUGUUUCGUCCCAGCAGACUCACAAAACAGUGUCAGUUUCCAGCAUGCCCGGGACAGCCGCCCUCGUCCGAGCUAGCCAGAGCUCCAACCCCACCAGCGCCAACCACAAGAUCUCACCCCAGGCCCUGCUCGUAGGAAAGAGUCCUACCAGCCAGACCCAAAUGCUCCUGAGGGCUCAGAUGCUGAUUCUAACGUCCACAGUGCGACCUGAUGCCCCUGUCCUCUCCUCCUCUUCCUCCUCCUCUCCCUCUUCCUCUUCACCUCGAUUCCCUUCUUCACAGCUCCAGAGUUUGACACUCCGCCCACCUCCACCUGGUACACUGACCAUCCCACCGAACCUGCCCCUAAAAUCCGCCUCCCCCUGCCCACCCCCGGCCCUGACCCGUGCCCGAGUGCCCACCCUGACUCCGAGACCCAGCCCACCACCGUGCAGCCCUGUGAAGGACAUGCCCACAAAGACAGAGUGUGACACCUCACCACCACCCUCAGCCCCGCCCAAAGCUCCGCCUGUACGCCAUCUUACAGUGCCGCCUCCAUCUCUUUAUGCUCCAGCUCAGUCUCAUGCGCUGGCCAAGCAGAAGUUAAGCAGCAGCAGCCUGAAGAGACCUCACAGUCAGAUCAGCAUUCCGCAGCAUCCGUUCCCUUCGAGGCAUCCACACCCCAAUUCCUCUCCGGUCGUACCAAAGAAACCUCUUCCCGAGCUGAAGCGCUGUCCGUCCACCCAGGCGUCACCGAGUGGCUUGAGCCAGACUUCUGCUGUGCCCAUCACCGUGCCCAAUCUCAGCCGAUCCCACCUGACUCCGCCCACCUUGACCCUACCGUUGACCCCCACCUCCUCCGGAGGCUCCUUACUGGCCACUAAACAGCUCCUGAGGAUUGCCCUGUCCUCCGCCUCUGCAUCCGCCUCCACCCAGUGCACCAACGGCCAGCCGAAGUCCUCCACCGUGUCCCCGUCUCACGAUCUCGUCCAGCCGAAGCCUCAGCUCUCCCCUGCGUCGGCUAAACCAGAGUGUCCAAUCCCAUCACCACAGAACUCCAACACCUGCCCCCAGCUGGUGCAGCUGUCACCCUCCAGACAGACCUGGACGUCUCCACAAAGAGCUUCUCCUCCAUCUCCGGUCCUCCCAGUCGUCUCCACCAGCUCCACCUCCUCCCCCGCGCCUCCACAGUCCCCUCUCACCUCCAUCACACACACCACAGACACGACCAAGGAGCUGAAAAGUCUAAAGCCGAAGAUGAAGCCGGGAAACAGCACCGAGGAAAUUCCGCAGGAUCUCAAACUUCCAUCAUCACAAACAAAAAGUGUGGAAGGAAACCAAACAUCCCAGAGCACCAGCGCGGAACCACAGCCUUCAGGAACCGUGGACAAGACUACAGUGUGUAAACGGCCGGCGGUGUGUACAGAAGUGCCGAGGUCUCAGAAGACGCCGUCUGUCUCUGUAGCAUCGACUGCUGGACGAGAAGACGUCUGCGAGGAAACGUCCACUCGUGCAGACAGUCACUCAGCCAUCUCCAGCCUGUCCUUGGAUCUGUCCCCAGUCCUGUCCUCCAUGAUACGACCCUCAGUCGUUUCCCCCGCCGGCCGCAACUCUCCCGCCAAGUUCCCGGCUGUUUCAGAGAGAGCACCCGCUCAGCAGCCGUCCUCCAGCCACACGGGACCGACAGAACCCACCAAACCGCUUGUCCUCACUCACCUGGUGGACGGCUUCAUCAUUCAGGAAGGACUGGAACCAUUCCCGGUGAACAGGUCGUCUCUGAUGGUGGGUCCAAACUGUGGUUCGGGAUUGAACGGGGCGAAUGGACCGGACAUCUUUAACGCCACCUCAGAAUCCCCCGACAACUCGACCGACUCCGACGACGAGAUUUCCAUCACAAACAACGGUGUCGGUGUUGGACACAGACUCGUGCUGCAGUGUCACUUCUGUAAGAGGAAAGGAACAGCACAAACCUUCAACCGCUCCAAACGCUUCUGCUCCAAAUCCUGCGCCAAGAGAUUCAGCUACACUAAACGUUUCCGAGCCCUGAGACGCUGCGUGAGUGAAGGAGGACAUCGAUCCGAAUUUAAUGGAGCAGAGGACGAGAUCGAGGAGGAAAGUUUCCAACAGGUGAAACAUGGCACCACGGAGCAGUGGAGGAUUCUCCAGCGCCCCCCGCAGGAGGGAGAAGACGAGACGGCCGCUCCGAUGAAGACGAGGCUGCGCAGGCACACGGAGCAGAACGUGCGAGAGAGAGAAACCAGGACCAGCGAGACCAAAAGCGCUCCGACUUCACCUCUGGAUGUGGUUUCACCCACAGACCUUACUUCACACUCCAAACCUGCGCAGUGGACUGUAGACCAAGUGUGGAGCUUCAUUUCCAAUCUACCAGGGUGUCAGGACAUCGCUGAAUCGUUUCGAGCGCAGGAGAUUGAUGGACAGGCCCUGCUGCUGCUCACUGAAGACCACCUGAUGAGCGCCAUGAAUGUCAAACUGGGACCAGCGCUCAAAAUCUGCGCCCGAAUCAACUCUCUGAAAGAAGGAGGGAGGUAAAGAGACAAAACCAGACAGAGAGAGGGAGAGUGAGAGACAGACAGACAGGUUUGAGACUCAUGGACGUUCAGAGCACUUGCCAAUAGAAUAGAGCCAUUCUGUGCACUUUAAUCUUUAAAGAGAUUCACGCGGUGAAGUCAACGUGUCGAGGUAAUGUGUGUAUUUUUGCUUGAACUGAUUUAGACUAACAUUACAGUAGCCUUCCGUAACCUUUAGCCUCUGUCUGAAAGCAUGAUAGCAAUAUAAUGGUCCCCUUAAUUUCCGUGAACAUAAUAUGAGAUCUAUAUUCAGUCCUAGUAUGAGGGAAAUGUUUGUGUCUGCUUCUUUUUUGUAGCCGAUUGGAUCGAAAUCAUAAUCAGGGUUUGUCGAGUUUCUAUUUUUCACUAAAAGGUGACGCUUCCUGUGUCUGUGAAGGAAUUAGAAAAGAAUGGAAGUGCUAUUAUUGUGCGCAUGUCCCUCCCCUUCCUGUUGUAGAUAUUUUCUUAUUGUACUGUAUAUGUGUACAUGUAUAACGAUGCAGUGCUCUGUGUGUAUAAAUCUAUACAAAAUGUUUUGUGAAGGAUUUGUAAUAUUUAAUAUAUUUGUCUUCUAAGGCUCUAGGAAAUACAAAUGCAAGCGAUUUGAGAUUUUUAAGCAUUUUUAAAAAAUAAAAAAAACGAUGUUUGACAUGCUGAUAAGAUUAUGUAGGCUAAAUGAAAUGAAAUGAAAUUUUAUCAGAGCAUCUUCACGCCGGUGGAAGCGUUGAACCCAAACAUGUCGCAGUACACAGGUACUUAAACACGCAGUCACGCCUAAUUAAGGUACAGAGAAGGUGGUGCCUUUUCCUGACAUGGAGACCUUAUAAAACUGCUGUAGACAUUGUACUAUAAUCUCGUGUCAUCCAAGUGUUGUCUGUCACAGUUACAUGACCUUUCUUGUGCCAUUUUUGAUUAUUUAAUUAAACAAACUACAUUUUGUUACUGAACCCGUGCAGUUAUUUUACUGUUUUCGUGUGUUUGUCUCCUUGCAAAUGCACAAAACUUUGUUCUAAAUGAAUCAACUUUCAGGUUUUUUAUAUUAUAUUAUAUUUUAAAUUUGCUCCAUUACCUUCUCUGGAGUGUUUUUAUUUC